GUCGUCGGCUCCUAAGUGUUAUUGUUUUGCUGUUUUGUAUUUAUAUGUUUGUAAAUAAAAAAAUGGGAAAUUCCUUAACAGUUAUUGGCUAUGAAAGAAAAAAAUGAUUACUAAGCACAGUGACUUAUUUUUCUGAAUAACGAAGUAAAUAUUUGAUUUUCAAGAAUAUAAUAAUGUUCAAGUUUAAAGCAAAUAAGAAUCAACAAUCAAAUACUGAAAUUGCAAAAUCUGUUGAAGAUCUUUUUACAUUUUCAAAGAUUGCUACUCUUGGAUUUCCCUACAAACCUACUACAUUAGCAUGGGAUCCAGAUUUGUGUUUCAUGGCGAUUGGGACUCAUCAUGGUUUAAUACGAAUUUAUGGUGCUCCUGGAGUGCAGUUUUGUGCAGAACUCAGACAGAGAAUAUCUAUUUCAAGUCUUAUAUUCAUCCCUAAAAAGGCUCGCCUUAUAAGUUUAUGUACAGAUAAUAGCCUUCAUUUAUGGGAGUUGAAUGAAAGAAAUGGCAUUUGGUGUUUGGAGGAAAUAAAGUCUUUUGUUCUCACAGGACUAACAAAGAAGAUUACAGCAAUUUUAUUGAAUUCUACCUCUGAUAUUCUGUACUUGGGCACAAUGUGUGGAAACAUUUACACAUUAAAUGUAGAGUCUUUUGAAAUGGCUGAGAGUGUGAUAUAUCAAGAUGUUGUUGUUCAAAACAUUCCUGAUGAUAAAAAAUUGAAACAAGGUUCUGUAAAAAUUAUAUCAUUACAACCUGGAAACCCAGAUUGCCUUUUGAUUGGUUAUCAACAAGGAUUAAUUGCCUUGUGGGAUAUCAAAAAAUUAGUUGUCAUUAGCACUUUCAUCAGCAGUCAAAGCUUGGAGUCAAUAGCAUGGCAACACCAGGGCAUUAAAUUUAUGAGUUCACACACUGAUGGAAGUUAUGUUGUUUGGAAUACAGAAGAUUCAUCUAAACCAGCUGAAGUUCCUAUGACACCAUAUGGUCCAUUUGCUUGUAAAUCUAUUGAAAAACUGUUGUGGAAAUCAGUUAAAGGAGGAGAUGAUUUUAUAAUAUUUUCUGGGGGCAUGCCAAGAUCAAGCUAUGGAGAUAAAUUUACUCUGACAAUCAUGUGUGGAGAUAGACAUGAAGUUCUUGAUUUGACUUCAAAAGUGAUAGACUUUUUUACAAUUUCUGAUGUAUUUAAUGAAUCAGAAUUUGAUAACCCUUGUGCACUUAUUAUAUUAUUGGAAGAAGAGCUUAUUGCAUUAGAUUUAGAAUCUGAAUCUUGGUUACCUUUUAAAUAUCCAUACUUAGAAAUUCCACAUGCUUCACCUAUAACUGGUUUCCAGUAUGUUGUAGAUGUCCACAAGGACAUGUGGAAACUACUUAAAACUAGUUGUCAAGAAGAAACAUCUAAGGAAAUCUCUGAAAAUGAGUGGCCUAUUAAAGGAGGCAAAGUCAUUGCUGAUAACAAUGUAGUCAAUAAUAUUCUAGUCACUGGUCAUGAAGAUGGCAGUGUGAAAAUAUGGAAUGCAACAAGUACUUCUUUACAGCAUAUGUACACAUUUCAUACUUCACAAGUCUUUGUUACCUAUGAGGGAGAUGAAGAGAAAGAUGAACCAGUUGAAGAAUGGCCUCCUUUUCGGAAGAUUGGAACUUUUGAUUCUAAUUUAGAUGAUCCUCGUUUUGCUAUCAGGAGUAUAGUACUGAAUGACAUUUCAAAAACUCUCAUUGUGGGUGGAGCUGCUGGUCAGGUCCUAGUCCUUCAAUUAUUAGACCUGGAAGGUGAAAAGGAAACAAUAGUGACUCAUGUGACUAUUGGAGAUAAAUGGGACAGUAGUCUUUGGUGCAAUCCCCAACCUUUAAUUGUUAAACAUGGUAAAAGGAAAUAUCGAAAGGGCUUCCAUGUUCAAUGUGUUGUUCAACUAACACCACCUGCACCUAUAACUUCUUUAGCCUUUCAUGCUGAAUGGAAUUUAAUAGCUGUUGGGAUCACACAUGGUUUUCUUUUGUACGAUAUUGUUCAGAAGAAGUCUAUUUUAUCGAGGUAUACUUUAAAUAUUUUGGAAAGUGGCACUGUGAUUGCAAAUGUUUCUCCAAAGACUAAAUCCUUAAGGAGGUCAUUUAGGGAAUCAUUUCGUAAACUUAAGAUCACAAAGAGCAAGUCAUUAAAGAAAGAACGAACAGAAUCUUUAAGUAGUGACAAGCAAGAAGAAAUUUCAUUAAGCAGUAGCAAGCGUGAAAGCUUUACCUCUAGCCCUGAUCCUACAUUAGGCAGUUCCAUUUCACCUGAACUUCGAUCAUUUGAUGGAGAAUCUCAUAUGAGUGAUGUCAUAAAUUCCGUUCAGUGUUUAUAUUUUGCACAAAGUUUCAUAAUAAAUAAUGUAAUCACCACACCAACAUUGUGGAUUGGUACUAGUAGUGGUUGCAUUUACAUUUAUACCAUUACCAUGCCAGCCAAUGAUUGUAGGACUUCUGAUGCUGUUACAUGUCAGUUAGGUAAGGAAGUGCAAAUGAAGCAUCAAGCCUCUGUGCUAGGUAUUCGUAUUGUAGAUCAUCGUGGAUAUCCCCUUCCUGACCCUACUGAUGUUCAGUAUCAGAGAUCAAAGCCAGCAGAUCUCUGUGGUAGUCAUCGUGUAGUCAUAUGUACAGAAGAACAAAUCAAGGUCUUUACCUUACCUAGCAUGAAACCAUUUUGUAAAAAUAAAAUUACUUUAACUGAAGGGUAUCACAUAUCUAAAGUUGGAUUUUCAUCUUUUCCUAAUAAAAAUGAUUCAAAAUCAUGUGAAAAUUGUGUCUUAUGUCUUUCUCGUUCUAAUGGAAUAUCUCUUUAUAACAUUCCUGAGCUGAAAAAAUUCAUUUCCUACAAUUUUUGUUCAUCAGAAGAUAUAGAAUUUUUGCCAAAAACAGCAUUUUUAAAUAAUGGUUUAAUAGUAUACCUUGCUUCUCUCUCUGAAUUUGAAAUUGUAUCACUGUCCACCAUAUUUACAACGAAGGCUGUAUGUAAAAUUGAGCUUCCUGAGGGAGCCAGAGAGCCAUUCAAGCCUUUAGAUAAUAUUGUCUUACAAAUGCAAAACUACGAAUCUCAAAAUGGAAUUGGGAGUUCAGAGGCACGCAGCAACUUUGCAGAUAUUACUGAUCCAGAAAUUCAGAAUGAAUUGAACAACAUAGAAAAUGAAGCUGAAGAGGCCAGGCGCUCAUCAAUUGUUUCUAGUAGAAGACUAGCUAAUAAUUUGCCAGAUAUUACAGAGGACUCCAGGAGCAGAAAUACAGAAAUGUUAAAUGGCGACUCUCGUUCAUCUGGAGACAAUAUUCUGCAGCAGAUCCAAAGAGCACCACUUGCAAUAAUUGAGGAGUUAAACUCAUCAGGAGAAGACCAUUUCAUGUACAACAGCCAUCCAUCAAUUAAUGUUGGUUUAUUGUAGAACACAAAUAUUUCUUGUCAUUCUCCGAAAGAGAGUUUUUUGUACUUCGUGUAGAUUUGCAAAUGCUUGAGGAGUAUCUCAGUCAUGCUUUAAAGGAAUCUCUUCCAUUUUCCUAACUUUGUAGAGCAUAGGAAAAAUAUUUUACAUUCUAUGCUGCCACACUUUAGUCUGAGGAGAAAAAUGUAGUAUAAUAUUCUCUUUUUAAUGAAUAUUCUUCUGCAUUUAUUUUCCAGUCAGUCUACUCUUAUUAAAUGACAAGUAAUCUGCUUUAAAAUGUGUUCAAAAUAAUUUCCAUUUUUCUUUAGCAUAUCAUUUCUUUCCAUUUCUGUAAAAAAAAUACUAAAUUUUUAUGUUUUAAUACAUAAAUACACUUUAUAUAAACUGUAUUUUUAAUUAAAUUUUUAUGUAUUUUUAUUGCUUUCCAUUUAUAAUUUAUCAUGUGCAUUAAUAUUGAAGAAUCCUAUUUCUAAUAUGCGUGUAUGUGUAAUUGCAUAAUAAGAUAUGAAUGAAAUGUAAAGUUUAAGCAUUUUUGGUUAUUUACUUUAUUUUCCUUAAAUUUAAAAGUGAUACUUCAGAGUUUUUAAAAAAUCAUAAUUUAAGUUUUAUUUAUUUAAAAAUAGAUUAUGAAUGCUUUGUAAAUAUAUAUUUUCACUUUCAUAAAUGAAUACUGUUUAUUUUAUUAAUGUUUAUCAUGCAUUAUCAUUUUAUAUAAAUCUCAGUUUGAUUGUGUGUGUAUUAUAUAUAUAUAUAAAACAGCUCCCUUCAGCUGGCAGGUAGAAUCCUUUAUUUAGCUAUCAUAGAACAUACACACGUCAUGUUGCAUUUCAAUUUAAAUUAUACUUUUUUCAUCUGCUGUUGAAUUUUAACAUAGGUUCAAAUACACUUGAAUCUAGGCAGUUAACAUUUUUCUAUUUAUAAAAGGGCUUAUUGGCAUUGUGAUAUAAAAUAAUUAAGUUUAUCUUGUUAUCUAACUUUUUAGAGACACAAAGACUAAUUAAAAAACUUAUUUCAAGACUGAUUUUAAUACUGUUUUUGUUACAGUGUUGUAUAUUUUGAAAGUAUUAAAAAUGUUAUGCAUUCUUUUCAACAAUUUAUUUAAAUGUUGGCAUUUUUAAUUUCUGUGAGUGUAUGAAAUACUAAAAGUGAUGAAACUUUUAAAGGACUGAUUUUAAUAUUAAGUAUUUAUAUAUAUAAUUUUAUGUUUUUAAUAAUUUAUAUAUGGAUGAAAUUGCACUGUGGAGUGAUAAAUACUGGUGCUUUAUGUAAAUUUGCAAAAUUAAUGUGUUUAUUUUUUUCCCCUUAAUCCACCGAUUAUGCUAUUUUCUGCUUUAUAUAUAUUCUUCCAAAUAAUUUUCCAUUUGAAAUUAAUACUGCAUUUGGCUUUUAUUUUGAAAUUAUCUGUUUCUUUUUUAUAUUUGGUUGCUAGAACAUUGAAAUGAAACUAUAGCGUUUUGAUUCAUUUGAAAUACAAUUUACAUCUAGUGCAUUUUUUCUUACAUUAAUUUAUUCUAUUUUCUGAAAACUAAAAAAUAUUUCUAAAAGCAAUAUUUCUGUUUUCAGAUAUAAACUGAUUGUCUUAUAUUAAUUUAUAAUAUUUUAUAUUUGUUACAUAUAGUAACAAUUUUGUAUAAGAUUAAUAUUACUUUUGAACAUUAUUGCUGUCUAUUUGAAAUACUUCAUUUUUAUGUUUUUAAUUAAAUAAAAACAUUGCUUGAAUAUUUUGAAACAAUGUAAUUUACUAUUAUUUAAAAAAUAAUUAAGUAUAUUUAUUGGGCUAAUUCCAAUAUCUUGCUAAUAUUUAGUAUCAUUUUUAUUUAAAAUCCAUCCUUAUUACAUUCUAAACUAGAGGCAAGAAGAAACGAGACAUUUUUCAGAAAAACAAAGAUAAAAUUGAUUUAGAUUAUGGACAUUAUAAAUGUAAUUUAACAUCUUUUAUAUAGGACAUUAUUUUAUUAAUGAUUUAACUACCAAUGCAUCAGCACUGAAAUCACUUUGAAAAACUAUUAUACUCCUCCACUUUGAAAUAGUUAAUCUUAUUAGAAUCAACAUAUUUCAACAUUAUUAAAGUAAUUAACAAACCCUAGUUAAAGUAGUUAUUUUUAACAAAAUUAUAGUAGAUUUUAGCAACUAUUGUAUUUUGUAAUAAAUCAAUGGCAAUCAAAUGACCCCUUUGAAACCGGAAUUUUAACACAUAUUUGUUUUGCCAUGUAUGACUAUUGAUUUGAUUUAAUAAUAUUUUAUUUUCUAUCAUUAUAAUAAUAAUUUAAGUAAGGAAAUUACUGAUUUCGUGGAUGCUAUAUGCAGAGAUUGUAUCUGGACAAGGUAAAUACUCUUUUUUUUUUUUUUUAAUAGUGAUUUGAACUUUUUAUGUUUUGCUGUAAGUGUUGAUUCAUAGUUUUGCCUAUUUGAUAAAAAGAAAUGUAAUGUUUUAUACAUUGAUAUAAAACCAGUGUUUAUAUUUUAAUUUUAUGGUAACUUUGCAUAAGUAAUAUAUUUUCUUAUUCUGUAGUUUCUACUUCAAAUGAAUUUCAGUAUGUUUUGAAUUUUUACUUCAGUCCUGCUUAAAUGUAACUUUGAGUAUUCCUUUAGAAUGUAUAAAGCUUUUAGAAGUGCAAACAGACCGUGCAAUUUUUUUACAAAAAUGUCAAAACUUUUAUUG